AUGGGACGAAAAGAAUUUAUUCAAGAUGUUAAAACACUUAAGGAUCACUUUCGUGGAUUAAAUCCAAAAACUGCUGCACUUGUGAAAGACUUUGAUUUUCGGGAUCCGGAAUUAAGUUUCAAAUUUACGUACAAAACCGGAAAAUCUUUCACAGUACAAAUAUUCGUUAAUGCGGCGCAAUGCUUAACAAAUGUUAAUGUCAAUAACAAAUCCGUAAGCGAAAUUGUUGCUACAAUAGUUCCAAAACUUUGUGAUCUUUUCAAGCUUGCUCUUCCAAGGGAACUUUCAAUGAGCUAUUUAAGCAAAUUUUCACGUUCUUUUGUAAGCUCUUCAACAAUCCCAACUAAUAUUCAUAAGAGUCCAGAAUCGAAUGUCCAAAAACCUAUUGUUUUAUUGACUAGAGAUUUGAACGAAGUGAACCACUUUCACUAUAAUGCCGAACUUCUUUGUGCUGAUGAAAUUGGAUUUAAAGUAGUAGUUUCUUUGCCAGUAAAACGCCUUGGACUAUCUCUAGAAGCCUAUGAAGCAUGGAAUCUUGACCAAGAUCGAUACUUAGUAUGCAUAAUGCAAUUUUCUCCCCAAUAUAUUGAUUUAGAAGCGUGUCGAAAUUAUACAAAAGAAGCGGAUUUCAAGACGAUAAAAGAUGAAUUGAAAAGAUUAUAUCCAAUUCAGUUUACGGUGUUGACAUCAUCCCAACCAAAAGGAUUGCCAAGUCAGUCACACCAUAAAGAUGAUUCUUUAGAGAGUGAUCAUUUUGUACUUUCUUGGACCUUGACAGAACUCUUACGUGACAAAUUUAUGGAUAUGUUAUGCGAUCGAUUGUGGUUUGGUAUCGGAUGGUCAGGAGCGGAAUAUGCGGAUUAUAGAAGAAGCAAAGAAUUAGAAUCGAAUUUUCUCAGUUAUAGAAAUGAACUACUCCCAAAUGAGAUUAAUGAAUGUUUAACACAAGAUGAAAUUCAUCAUAGAGUGUUAUGUUAUCUUGAAUCAGAGGAAGUGGAAUCUAAUACAGCCUCAAAAAAUCAAAAUUUUCUUUUAUUAAUUUUACGUUUUCUUCGUCGAAGAAUUUUAUUAUCAACAAAAUAUUGUCUAACGUGUCAUUUUUCUCAUACUGAGUCAGUGUCAUCUAUUAGACCUUUUGUAUGUGGAACACCAUUAUGUCAACAUCAAGCACUUGUAGGUUUAGGCAAUCUCUUCGAAGCAGUAUUAGUUAGUAGUCCAGUUGUAGUAGAUUUAUUGAUAUCAUUAUGUCAUGUUGCAAUUAAUGCACAAAUUCUUAAUCCAUGUCCUUCUCGAGCUAUUGGAGUUACUACAACCACUAAACUUGAAAUUCAAAAUUCACUAGAAGUAAAUUGGGAAGGUAACCAAGGAACAAUUGGUCAACCAUUUGAAAAAGGUUAUAAAGUUUGUGGAUGGAGAAAAUUUGAUCAUCAAGCUAUGGUUAAUGAUUUAUUAGAAGUUUUUAACCCAGAGACAGGAAAAACAUUUACAGUUAAUCGUAGUAGUUCGACAUCAACAGUUCGAGUUUUAGAUGUUUCGCCAACUUAUUUAGUCAUUGAUUUUCAGAUUUCAGUACCGGCAUCAGCAGUUAAAAGCCGAAAUGUAUAUUUACCAUUUCGAUUAUAUCGUAGAAGUGAAAAAAAUUUUUUAAGUCACGAUGGGACACCAAAUUAUAAACUUUUGUAUAAUAUUAUUGAUAAAUUACCAUCAGUAAAUAAUAUGGUUCAAUAUGCUAAAAAGAAAAUUCUUAAACAAGAACUUGAUAAGUUGGAUAUUUUAUGUUUUCCAUUAUUAUCAUGGAUAAUUUCAUCGAAUAGAACACAUUUACGAUUAUUGGAAUCAGAGGAAGAGAAAGUUCAAUUUAAUGAAACUAACAAUUCAAAUUUUGGAACUUGGAAACAAUUUAUUAUGAUAAUGACAAAGGGUGAAUUAUUUGCUUUUCAUGGAUCUCCACUGCAGAAUUGGCAUUCAAUUAUUCGGACAUCAUUGAACUGGAAGAAAAUUGUACAUGGAAGAGCAUAUGGAGACGGAGUUUAUCAUUCUCUUCAGGCUGCAACAUCCGCAUCAUAUGCUGGGGGAGGUUAUCAUCGAUACGAAAUUGGUACAUGGAAAAAUUCAAUGUUGAUGGUUCAAAAAUGUAUGGCUUUGUGUGAAAUAGUGAAUAGACCAAAUGAAUUCAAAAGCACAAGUCCCCAUUUGGUAGUUUCAGAUGAGAAUUGGAUUACUACUCGAUUUUUAUUUGUAGAAUGUUUAAGAGAUCCAUCAGAAACAAAUGAUGAAAAUAAUGAAAAUAGUGAAGAUGAUUGGUCAUCUAAUAAUAUUUCAAAUAUUCCACCACAAAUGCCAAUUAAUUAUAUUCGUAAUUUGAAUCAUAUCAAUUAUGCUGCUUUUCCACAUCCAGUUAUUACAAAUUCCAUUACUCAACGUAGUAAUAGAAGAGAUAAUAAUAAUUUUAUAAUGUUAGAUAGUCUAUAUUGUCCAGUUUGGUUAAAUGGUCAACCAUUACAAAUUCCAAAACGGGAUUAUUCUAUAAUUAAUAAUGAAAUUCCUGAUGGAAGUUCAAUUGGAAUAUGUCAAUUUGUUUAUGUUCCAUCAGAUGAAAUUGAAAUAGUAAAAGAUUCAGUUGGAUCUAUAGAUUUUAAUAAUAAUGGAUCGAUGUUAUAUGAUAUUAACGAGGAUACUUUAGAUGAUGAAGACGAAACGGAAGAUACAGACGAUGAAAAUGACUAUUUUGAAGAUGAAAAUUUUCAAUUUACUGAAGCAGAAAAAAAAAAUGAAGUGAUAGAUCUAACAUUGGAUGAAGAUUUUGAUCCUACAUUAUUGCCAUUGCCUGACACUUGCCUAUUUUGGUAUAUGUUUAGCCUUAAAUGGUCACAGGCUGCAACCCAACGAAUUUAUAGUGAAUUUAAAACGAUAUAUAAUAAACAGCAGUCAGGAAUUCAUGAUGAUCUUGGUUUUUAUGUGGAUACUGAAAAAAUGACUUCUCUUUAUCAAUGGGUGGUGCAAUUGACAGAUUUUGAUCCAAGUUUACCAUUAGCUGAAGAUAUGGAGAGAUAUAAGGUAAAAUCUAUCGAUUUAGAAGUAAGAUUUGCACCUGACUUUCCGUUUGUACCACCACCAAGACUUUUAAAAUUCAUGGAUGGUGGUGGGGGACAUGUCACUAGUGGUGGUUCAAUCUGCAUGGAUCUUUUAACCCUUGGAAAUGCUGCUGAAGCUAGAGCUGGAUGGUCAUCGGCAUACACAAUCGAGGCUGUCUUAUUACAGGUUAAAAUGGCUUUGAGUUCACGGGAUCCAAGACCAGCUAGAUUAGAUCGCAAUUGGAAUAGUGAAUAUAGUGCUAAUGAAGCUAUUGACGCAUAUAUAAGAGUAGCGAAUAGUCACGGUUGGACCAUUCCCAAUCAAUGGGCAUCUUUGUUUGGUCGUUAG